AUGAUGUCUGACAUUUUCAUUCUUUCUCUGCUUCUCAUUCUUGAGAAGGAAAUAGCUGUGAUUGGACUCUAUGACCAAGCUCGAAAUCCUAAUCAAGAUGAAGUGCAUGGCCAAAAUUCAAAUGAAAUUCCAGGAGAAUACCCAAGUACACAGAAAGGCCCACUCAGUCUUGAACCACAAGACAAACCCCAGUGUCAAUCCCAAGACACUGUACCUGUCCAAACUGAGCAGCCAAUAUAUAACGAAAAGGAAAACCAGACACAAAAUCCUGAGCAAGAUCAAGGUCAUGGCCAAGAUGAAACUAGAAUGCCAGGGGAAUAUUCAAAUAAAGAACCAACCCCACUCUAUGAUAGACAACAAGGUAGGCCACAAGAUGGAUCCCAAGGUAGUUUUCCUAUCCAAACCGAAGGACAAAUAUAUAACAAGAAUCAAAGUGAGACAGAAUAUCCUAAUCAAGAUCAAGAGCGUGGCCACAAUUAUAGUGGGUUACCAGACCAAUAUUCAAGUGUGAAAGAGAGACCGUUCUUUCGUGAACAAGAAGGCAUACAAGAGGGUGCAUCCCAAGGCAGGCAUAGUACCCCAAUUACAAAACAAUUAGAUGACAAUGACCACAGUUGGGCAUGA